AUGGAGCAAGACCCGUACAGCCACGGCUACUACGGCCAUCCAGUACCGUCUGUGACAACCACCGUCAAUCCCACGCCAGUCCGGUCCGGAACCCCAAACACAGACAGCGGCCGCAACCCGUUCGGCGACAACGACGCGGCAUCCUUGAACCGCCCCGGGAGAAGCACGAAUCCGUUUACUAGCCCCGAUGCGUCAAGGCCGGCGUCCAGCUUCGGCUCCUCGAGCGUCAUGGGGCCUCGAUAUGGGGUCAAUUCCCAGCUCUACUUCCAUUCUAGGCGAGUGAAGAAGGGGGAGGUUGAGAAGCCUUGGUUGGAGAAGAAGGAUCCCAAGGAGAAGUGGGUUACCAUCCUGCCAAUCCUCGGCAUCCUGAUAGGCUUGGGCAUUUCUGGGUUUCUGGUCUGGGACGGCCUUCGCAACGUCGUCCACCACAAGUACUGCCCUCUGUUGGACGAAAAUUUCGCCGGCGGCUUCAACACCGACGUCUGGACCAAGGAGGUCCAAGUCGGCGGCUUCGGCAACGGCGAGUUCGAACAGACCACCGGGGGCGACGAAAACGUCUUUAUCCAGAACGGCAACCUGGUGAUCAAGGCCACGCUCCAGGAUGCCAAAAAGGUGGAAAAGGACAACGUCAUCGACCUGCUCAAGGACGGGACCUGCACCUCCAAGGACUGGCACAGCUGCGUGGCCGCCACCAACACCACGGCCGGCAACUCGAGCGUCGUGCCGCCCACCAAGUCGGGCCGCAUCAACACCAUCAAGGGCGCCCGGCUCAAGUACGGCCGCGUCGAGGUGACGGCCAAGCUGCCCGAGGGCGACUGGCUCUGGCCGGCCAUCUGGAUGAUGCCCGUCAAGGACACGUACGGGCCGUGGCCCGCGUCCGGGGAGAUUGACAUUAUGGAGUCGCGCGGCAAUAAUUGGACCUACGAGCAGGGCGGCAACAACAUCGUCUCGUCGGCCCUCCACUGGGGCCCCGACCCCGCCAACGACGCCUGGUGGAAGACCAACAACAAGCGGCAGGCGCUGCACACGACGUACAGCAGCGGCUUCAACACGUACGGCCUCGAGUGGUCCCAAAAGUACCUCUUCACCUACGUCAACAGCCGGCUGCUGCAGGUGCUCUACACCAACUUUGACAAGCCGCUCUGGAACCGCGGCGGCUUCCCCGACGCCACGUCCAACGGCACGCGGCUGAGGAACUCGUGGAGCGAGACGGGCCGGGCCAACACGCCGUUUGACCAGGAGUUUUACCUCAUCAUCAACCUGGCCGUCGGCGGCACCAACGGCUGGUUCGAGGACGGCAAGUCGGGCAAGCCGUGGCUCGACCGGUCGCCCGGCGCGCGCAAGGACUUUUGGAACGCCAGAGACACGUGGCAGGCGACGUGGAAGCAGCCCCAGCUCGAGGUCAGUCGCGUCUUGAUGAUGAAGCAGUGCGAUGGCGGCGAGGAGUUGUAA